GUCUUACUCUGCGUGUUUUCGAUAUUAUAUCGUGCAAAUGGCGGCUUUCGCGAUGUUUUGUUCGAUGUUUCUUAAAAAUUAACCGUUCGUACCAUUCGUAGUGUUUAAUAGGCAAAGGAAUAGCGUUUGUCGCUUGACCCUGCACUUGUGAAAGCUUGCCGUCGACAUGGUGAAGCUUCAUAAGAAAUUUUUCGCUGGUGAUAAGGUGUUUGCGAAAGUUCGAGGUUAUCCACCGUGGCCAGCUAAAGUUGAAAAGGUUAUUGAUCCUAAUUCUAAAAAUUCCAAAUACAGUGUUUACUUUUAUGGCACAGGAGAAACGGCUGUAUGCAAGGUAGAAGAGCUAUUCACAUAUAUUGAAAAUAAAGCAAAAUUUGGCAAGCCUAUUAGAAGAAAGUUUUUUCACGAGGGUUUGAUACAAUUGGAGCAAGAGCUUAAAAAUGACAGAAAAUCUGCUAUUGGGGAGGAAGCAAAGGGAAGUAAUGCCGCUAUGGAUUUACCAACAGUUAGUGCAGCUGACAGUGAUAUGGAAUCAGGGUCCUUAGUUAUUGAUGAGGAAGAGAAAAAGAAAUCCAUGAAAAGGAGAACUCUUCUGGGUGCUACUAAUAAUCCUGAUACACCUGAGAUAAAGAAAAGACGCGGAAAAGCAAAAUCUUUACCUGCGUCUACGAGCGAUACAACAAAACAGGAUGCUGCGCUAGAUUCUCAAGGGGAGGAGUCGCCUAAAGAAGUUGUGAGUCGUAGUGGUAGAAAAAUUAAACCAAAACGAUUUGCCGAUUUUUCAAGUUCGGAAGAGACGGAGACUACAGACAAAAAUGAACACGGAAGAGGUCGUCCUAAAGUCAAAACUGAAGAACCUGGUGACCAGCAAGCAUCGCUUGGCGUAAUGCAUAAGAAAAGGGCUACUUUAGAAAAAAAAAAUAAUGUAAGUGAAGCGCCAAUGUUGGAAGGUACCGUGGUGUCUAGCACUGCGUCCUCCGAUACAUCGGGACGAUCUCUGCUGGCGUUAACGUUUGCUGGUGAAUACGUAGGCAUUAAGUUAGACAUGGAUAAGCCAAAGUCUUUUGAAAGUGAAAAAGCUCGAACGCAAUGGGAGUGGUCUACUGCUAGAAAUGCCAUGAAGUUGAAAGCACAAUUGGAAAGCGGCGAAAUUUUACCAGAGCAAGUGAAAGAUUGCUUAGAUUUUAAUGUACACGUCCCAGAUGAAGAGAAACGAUUGUUAGCAAAAGAUGGAGCGCUUCAUCGUAAAACAAAUAAAUUGAGAUGGAUGCGCAUAGAAGCGCAACUGUUACAAUUGGAUGCUAAUAUUAAGUCCAAUCUCGGAUUAGAUCGAGCAAAUCCGGACAUAUGUUUACAGGCAAUGGAUGACAUGCUUUCGCUUACGAUCGAUCCUCUAAUGUUGAAGAAACACCCACAUAUCGUGGAGACUGUUAAAAGGUUGCGUCGGUACAUUGGCAAUUUAGCUGAUUGGAAAUUGAACGAGGAGGAAGAGACUAUUUUCAAACAAAAGGCAGAACAAAUCAGACAAAAAGCUGAGCAUAUAUACAACAAAUUUAAGGCUAUGUUUACCAUACCCGAAGGUCAAUCGUUUUGGCAAUCAUUUUCGGAUCAAGUGGUUAAUUUCAAAAAGUUAACAAAGGAUAUGCCCGAGGAAAAAGUAUUUUCUUUGAUGUCCGAACCUGUUUGUCCAGAAACAAAGCUUAUAGAUGCAGCCAUAUCAGAAGACUCACCUGCGGACGAGAGUGGUAGUCAACCAGAUACAGAUGCACCUGUUCAAGUGAAAUCAGAAGUGCCUACCAGAAGCGAGACUCCCACAGAGUCGGAGGCCAAGUAACAUGUGAUCUUUUGUGUCUGAUGAUGUGAAAAAUCAUGCUUAUUCUCUUUUGUACUAACGUGUAGUACCAUACGACACGAGUGUCUUAAAGCUGGAAAAAAAUGUUCGCUUUUUCACACUUGGAUAUCACCUUUGGAUAAAUUCUGUCCCUAUAUUUUAUUUAAUGUUUUGUCUAGUAAAUUUCCUAGUUAUCAUAAAUCAUCCUUCUUGCAAUAUUUGAAAUUACAAAACCCAUGAUACGAACGAACAGCUUUUUACCUCUUUGAAGGACGUUACGAAGAUCGGUUAAUCUCCUAAUGCACUUAGAGUGUAGAGUCGAUAUAAUUAUUUCCUCUAUUAAAUAAUACGUUUCUUUUACGAUUGCAAUCCUUUCCGCGUCUUGGGGCAAUACCAAAAAGACAAAAAGGAAAAAAAAAAUAUUUACGAUGACCAUAUACAUAGAUAUUUUCGUUCCCUAACGUCUCGCGAAGCGUGUCUACUUAAAUAGUAACAGAUACCCAUGUAUAUAUCAGAAAAAAAAUGGAAAUUACAAUACCACUCUAUAUGCAAGGACCUGAUGUGCAAUGUGGGCACGAUUAACGGCAUAAUCCACUGUUUUCAAACUAGAGUUUCAAUGGCGUAUGUUGAACUAAAAUGUUCCGUUUUCAUCGCACUUUAAAGGCAUAAUUGGAGUGUCCAAUCAAAAAGAAACAAAGGCAUAAAGGAAUUGUACGAUUUAUCGUUUGUUUGUAUAAAAUAUUGUUAGAUAUCAGUUAAGAAUCUCUUAAGACUUGGAACGUGUUCACUAUGAUACAGUGUUCCCUGCUUGUAUGCAACCGAAUCUCUUCUGCCGGCUAGCAUACAUUCGGGGUCCAUGAUAUCAUAAAAGAUAAUCAACUGUUUAUUCAUUAUUCGUUGAGUGAAGAUCAGAAUUUGAAUAAUGGGAUGAAAAUAAUUGAUAAUGGAUAACAUAUAAUAUACAGAUUUAAUUUUCUGUAGUUGAUGAAAUUCCAUUUCGUCAAAUUGUUCGCGUACAGGAGAAUGGUGGGGGGUGAGGGAAUACUGUAUUGCUGAAUUAUUGUACAAAGUAGACAAAAAAUAGUUGUUUUUAUUGAUAUCCAGCUGAAGAAUAACGUAAACAAAUUUCGUAGCAAUAUUUGUAAGUAAUUUUAAAAUGGGUAAGUACGAUUGUCCGUGUCAAUAAAAUUAAAAAUUCUUCAGGCUGGACGUGGUUUAUCAUUGAAAAAUGAUUGCUUCGGUGAAUAAUGAUAAAUCACAUUUUCCUACGGACAAGGAAUCAAAUACGAGUUACACAACGUUUAUUUACACCCACUCAAGGCACAACAAUUGUCAAGAUUUAUUAAUUGUCUCUCUUCACCGCGACUGCAUUUAAAUUAAGCACGAUCGCUAAUAUUAAUAAUAUAAAUGUACUUUUAUAAAGACUUGUGGAAAAAAGAAACACUGUAAAAGCGAUAUUGUUAAUAAAAAUGAAUUGGUGUAUUUGUUUUUGUCGAACGACAAAGCAACCAUUUGUUCUCGACCGGUUCUUUUUUCUUAACAUUUUAUUUGUUUUAGCAGUGCUUCCAGCGAAUGCCUUUGAAGUGCAUUGAAAACAGAUAUGGCAAAAGAAAUAUUCUUUCUGUUUAGAGUUUCUUUCUUAUAAUUUUAAUUGUUUAAUUUCUUUUUUAAUAAGUACGAUAAGGUCUGUUAUGUGUGCAUCCGAAAGUAAACGGAUAGAUGCGUCGCAUGUUAAGUAAAUAGUAUCCUGAUUAUUAAAAAGCAAGAUGUUUAUUUCAAACUGUCAAAAAGCAUAAAUAUUUUGAAUAAAAAAUUUAAUACAGA